AUCAAUCGGUAGAGCACUAUGAUAAGCUUCUUAGAGGCCCGGGGUUCAAUCCGAUCCAACUCUUUAUUCUCUCCCUCUUUUGGUCCGGAAUAUGGUUCCACAAGGAUGCACCAAACCUCGACCUCGCCGGAGAACGAAGAUGAACCCUUGUACGAGAAGCUAGAGCGCCCACUUUUUUACAUGGUACGAAAUUCAACACAUACCUAGAACAGUAAUAAUCUUCUAAAGUACAGUGUAUUGUGGUUUGACGAGCGAGACGUGCAUGCCAUCCCUGCCUUUAAUUUGAGAGCUGAUUGGGCGCUUCAGUUUCAGUGGGACGGGUAGGCUGCUACGAGAGGCCGUCUCUUUUGUCGUCAACGUCAGGACGUCACCGCGUCCGCGUGCGCGCCCCGCCUUCAACGAUCGACAUCAUAUACUCCGCCGGCAUUUCUCGCUACCAUCGCCAGUGGCUGCCCCCUGCUCUAUAUAGAGACACGCCGUCCUCCGCCGGUCGCUGUCCCGGCCAUAUCCUCCCGGCCCCCUCCGCCAACCCACCACAUCUGCACAGUACUACUGCAGCAAUGGCCUCUGCGUCGUCGUCCUUCCUCCUCCUGCUCCUGGUGGUGGUGGCCUCCGCCUCCGCCUGGUGCAGCCGCGCGGCGCCGGCGGGGGCGCAGGUGACGCGCGUGCCGGGGUUCGGCGGCGCCCAGCUGCCGUCGAAGCACUACGCCGGGUACGUGACUGUGGACGAGGCGCACGGGCGGCGGCUCUUCUACUACCUGGUGGAGUCGGAGCGCGACCCGGCAAAGGACCCCCUCGUCCUCUGGCUCAACGGCGGGCCAGGCUGCUCCAGCUUCGACGGCUUCGUCUACGAGCACGGACCAUUCAACUUUGAGUCAGGAGGGUCAGCUGGAAGCCUGCCAAAGCUUCAUCUCAACCCAUAUAGCUGGUCCAAGGUGUCUAGUGUGGUAUACUUGGACUCCCCUGCUGGUGUUGGGCUGUCAUACUCGAAGAAUGUUUCAGAUUAUGAAACUGGCGAUCUUAAGACUGCUGCUGAUUCACAUACUUUUCUUCUCAAGUGGUUUCAGCUCUACCCUGAGUUCCUGAAUAAUCCAUUUUACAUAGCUGGAGAAUCGUAUGCUGGGGUUUAUGUUCCUACCCUUUCACAUGAAGUUGUCAAAGGAAUCCACGAAGGAGUUAAGCCAACUAUAAACUUUAAGGGCUACAUGGUCGGUAAUGGUGUAUGUGACACCGCCUUUGAUGGUAAUGCUCUUGUACCAUUCGCGCAUGGAAUGGGUCUGAUUUCAGAUGAUAUAUACAAGGAAGCCAAUACUGCAUGCCAAGGAAAUUACUGGAAUGGUAGCAGUGACAAAUGCGAACAAGCAUUGUCGAGGGUCGAUACGGCAGUUCAAGGAUUAAAUAUUUAUGACAUUCUUGAGCCAUGCUACCACAGCAAGAGUAUCAAACAGGUGAUCCCUCAAAAGAGCAGAGCGCCUCAAAGUUUCAAAGAUCUUGGUGUAACUGGCAAGCCCCUUCCGGUAAGAACCAGAAUGAUUGGACGGGCCUGGCCUUUGAGAGCUCCUGUAAAAGAAGGGCGUGUUCCAUCAUGGCAGGAACUUGCCGUUGCCGCACCCAGUGGAGUUCCGUGUAUGAGUGAUGAAGUUGCAACAGCGUGGCUGAACAAUGAUGGCGUCAGAUCUGCGAUUCAUGCCGAACCAGUGAGUUCAAUAGGACCAUGGCUCAUAUGCACAGAUAAAUUGGAUUUUCGACACGAUGCUGGUAGUAUGAUCAUUUAUCACAAGAACCUUACAAGCCAAGGUUACCGUGCUCUCAUUUUCAGCGGUGACCAUGAUAUGUGUGUACCUUACACUGGGACCGAAGCAUGGACCACAUCUUUAGGCUAUGGAGUCGUUGAUUCAUGGCGACCAUGGUUUACGAAUGAACAAGUUUCUGGGUACACCCAAGGAUAUGAAAAGGGCCUCACCUUUGCUACUAUUAAGGGUGCUGGGCACACAGUUCCUGAGUAUAAACCACAGGAAGCAUUGGCUUUCUACAGCCGUUGGCUUGCCGGUUCUAAACUGUGAAGUUCAUGAAUGCUGCUGCUGCUGAUGGAGGCAUAUUUCUGUCAAACAAAGGACAAUAUGAAGAAACUGGAUAGCCGAUAGAACAAAUAAGACAGUCAAAGGAUCAAAGUUUCUAGCGCCAACUAUAGUGUCGAAAUUUUUUCUGCAAAUAUUACAUCAUUGCAGCUUAUUUCAAUUACAUCCAUUGUUCACGCCUUCAUGGUGUGGCCAAACAUUUGUGACAAUUCUCAUUGACAUUUUGAAACCCCAAAGGUAUCAAUGUCUACUAUUUUGUUCUGAUCUGUA